AUGUUGUGUAAAGCGAGUGCUGCUGCCUUUGUGAUCGUGUCUGCUCUGCUUCUCAUCUUGCUCUACCGCAUGAUUCAUAACGUGCCAUCGCCGAAAGGUAGUCCCGCCAGGCCGACGUUUCACCUGCAGCUAGUAGUGCUCACUGCCGACCGUCCGGACAGCCUGGAGCGCCUCCUGGCGUCUAUACGCGCCGCUCACUAUGACGGCGACGACGUCACGCUGCGCAUAUGCGCCGACUUUCCGCGCAAUGCAUCCCGGCGGCCGGAACACGAAGCUUGCGUGCGCGCGGCGAAGGGGUUCACGUUCGCGCACGGAGCGCCGACGGUCGUCGUGCAUGCGCGCAACGUCGGCAUGUACGCGCAGUGGUACGACUGCUGGCAGCAGACCGACCGACCGGGGCACUACGCCGUCAUCAUAGAAGACGACCUCGAACUGUCACCGUUCUUCUACCGCUGGCUGAAGGCGGCUGUGCAGUUCUAUGCUGACGACGCAUCUGUGUUUAGCGUGGCGCUGCAGCGCGGUGGGCUGGUGGCACGUGACGGCACGGCGAAAGACAUAUGUAGCACGUGUGCAGACCCUGUGUUCGCUUACCGACUGUUCGCAUCGUUGGGCGCAGCUCCCCUUCCGCGUCAUUGGCGCCCCUUCCGGGAAUGGGUGCACACUGUGUCACAGCCGGACGGCUCCGGCGACUUUGUACCGUAUGUUCCCAACGAGACGCUCAUCACCAAUAAAUGGGUGGGUGUUGCCCACGUGCAGCGCCGCACGAUGCCGACGUCGUACCUUAUCUAUUACAUGUGGCAGCAUGGGCUGUACACCGUCUAUCCGCGGCUACCAGGGCACAGUGCGUUCGUCUGCGACCACCGGGAGAUCGGAAUGAACUUUCAGAAGAAGGUGAACACCACGGGAAUUUGCGAUUCAUCGCUGGUGAGUCACUGGGACCCCGAGUACAUCAAGUUCCCUCGGCGGCCUGUCCGUAUUGGAUGGGACGGCAUACCGGAGCUCCGACAGGACUAA